AUGACGGGCGAGACGUACAUCAAGCGAUUGACCAUGUUCAAAAUCCCCAAGGAGGAGGAUGUUGAGAAGGUACUUAAGGCUUAUGAGGUCUUGAGGAGUGAUGCGAAAAGGGCAAGUCUCUGGCGAGUCCCUUUGUCGCUGUUGGAUGGCAAACCAUAUGUUGUUUCCAAUACCGCUCGUAAGAUCCUCAAUUCUUCAGCGCCGAUAAGCGAGGGCUUUACGGUGGCCUCGCAGUCGAUCUUCAAGACGCACGAAGAUCAUGACUUUUACGACAAGGAGUGUCCGGCGCAUAAGAAGCUGAAGGAGACGACUGGUCCAGCGAAGACGGGUGUUAUAACAAUCGUGACGGAGGGUCAAUGGCCUGAACCAAGGCUGUAA